AUGCCGCACACAUCGGCAUCGCGAAGCCUGCUGGGGUUCGCCAGAAGAUUCAACCAGCUUAAUGUCGCUGAUCCAUUGACACAAUGCCUUGCACCGAGGCUGAGCUGUCGGACAUUUGCAUCCCAAUCUCAUCCACCUGUUAUCGAGCUCACCGGCAAUGUCGGAUCAAAUCGUGACACCUCUCCGGUUCAAAGUCCUCUCAUUACGACGUCGCCCACGCCAGGCUUGUCAACUUCUCCAUCCUCCGCAGAGCUCCAUGCUAUAGACCACCCGGUCCUAGCAACCCUGUAUUCGUGGCCUUACAUCGAACCUACUCGCUAUGCUCUGUAUGGGUCACGGUACCUUGACGCCCCCUUGCGCAAAGACCUUCUCCACCGCGCGGUCGUCUAUGAAGCGGACGCGACACGCCAGGGCACGGCGAGCACAAAAUGGCGUUUCGAAGUUCACGGAUCGAACCGCAAGCUGUACCAGCAAAAAGGCACAGGUCGCGCUCGCGUAAGAGAUAAAAAGUCCCCAAUCAGAAGAGGAGGUGGUGUCGCCUUCGGCCCGAAACCGAGAGAUUUCUCGACCGAAUUGCAAAGGAAGGUUUACCAUCAAGCGUUCCGGAUUGCAUUGAGCUAUCGAUUUCGGAGAAACGAGUUGAUCAUCCUGAAUAACAAAAUCAAUCUACCGGGAGAAAACAGCGCCCGGUUUCUCAAUAACAUUUUCGAAGCCAAUUGCUGGGGUCAGGGACACGGCCGGAGCCUCCUUGUGACAAGCACGCUAGAGUCGGCUGGAGCACGGAUCUUUGAAGAAAUGGAAUCGAUUGGCGAGCACGGCGACCUUAAAGACAUUGAGGACGUGGAUGUCAAAGACCUCCUUACGAGCGGGCGGGUAGUGAUUGAGAGAUCUGCCUUGCUGAGCUUGUUGUGUAAGGAACAGACAUUCAAGGAGAAUGGAACGGUGUUCACUUUUGAGAAAUCCUUGAAGGAUGUGAAGCUUGCGAAUAAGCUUCAGUUACCUGAAAAGGUUGUACAAUAUUUGUGA